AUGGCACAUCCAAUUAACGCUUUAUUGUUCUUUUAUCAUGUUACUGAGGUCGAAGAAUGGACGUGUGAUAAUUUGGAAUGGACUGGAUCGUACAGCGCCUUUAUAAGAAAGGACAGCACUCGCAUGAAUAUGCGGGUAAGGACUAUAAGUUCUAUAAGUCAGGUCAACAAUCUCACCGGAGAUUCAACACAAAAUUUCGACAAUUGUCGUAUAACUUCGGGAAAACGAGAUAGAGAAGAAAUGGAAAGAGCCUCACCUCGAUUAAAUAAGAAGGCGUUUUCUAGUGAAAGUUCAAUGGAAGGACCAGAUAUUCGGAACUAUUUCUCGCGGAAUCGUUCGAUCUCGGACCCUGAAGGUCGGAUCUAUUCUCAACCACAAGAUCUCGACGAACAACUUGAGGCUGAUCUUGGAAAAUUUCAACCUAUUACUAACAAUGAAAAACUCAACCAGAGCAAAACAAGAGCUGAUAGCCAAAAACCUGCUAACAAAGUACCGACAUAUACUAAUACUGUUAAGGGCGGGAAAAAAAUCAAUACUGAAAAUGAAAUUUUUUUAGAUUUAAGGAGUCGACAGAUUUACCCACUCAUUAAGCCUUUUAUUAAGCUUUCAAUGUUAGAAGCUGAGGAGCUAUACAGUCAAAUAGCUUGUGGUAUCAAUAUAACAGCAAGUCUUCCUGACGAUGUUAAGCAAUAUCUUGAGAGAAUACUUGAUAGUGAUAUUAAAAAUGCGUUGGGCAGGUUGGAUCAACCGCUUAUUGAUAAUCCAAGUCCAUUAUUGUUAUGGACAAGAGAAGUUUCCCGUCAUUUCAUUCUAUACUACCAUUAUGGCGGUUUGCAAGAUGAUUGUAAUGAAAAAACAUGGUCUACUCAAACUAUUUACCGACUACUAGACUUAUUUUCGGUUUUUUUUAGCAAAAUUGUAUCAGGAAAAGAAUUUGGCGAAAUUGAUAAUGAGGCCCAUAAUGAUAGGACAUACAAUAUCAACUAUGAUCAAAAGCCAUCUAAUAGUGGAUGUGUCCCUAAGAACGAUGCAGUUAUAUAUCAAGACAAGUCAGCAACUAUUAUAUACGAACAAUCUUAUAGCCCAAAAGAAUACACAUUUUCACAUUAUCUUGGAGAUUUUUCUAAGCUUGCACGUAAUAGUGUUGAUGAUUUGAAUUACUAUUUCACACGAUAUGCCAAUUGUACUACUGCCACUGCAAAGACCUUUAAAUCCGUGAGUAUUCAUGGAUACAAAUAUAAUGUUUCGGUAUAUGUAACAGAUAUUAUCCGUAUUAAAACAUACAGAAUUUACGAGGUAUUUAGUUUUAGAAUACCUACAUCUUAUUCUGAAGAAUGGAAUUUAUUUGAUAUUGCAAAAUUUGGUGCUCUCUUGGAGAAGCUCCUUAUUAAUCGGCAAGAUGUAAAGA